AUGGCGCCCAAGCUUUGCGUCAUCUGCAACGCCGAGCGAGCGGUCCUUCGUCGGCCCAAGACGGCGCAGCAAAUCUGCAAAGAAUGCUUCUUCUAUGUCUUCGAGACCGAAGUUCACCACACCAUCGUCUCUAACAACCUCUUCAAGCGCGGCGACCGUGUUGCUAUCGGUGCUUCCGGCGGCAAAGACUCUACCGUCCUAGCGCACUGUAUGAAGGUGCUCAACGAGCGAUACGACUAUGGACUCGACCUGUUCCUUCUCAGCAUCGAUGAAGGUAUCACCGGCUACCGGGACGAUUCGCUCGAAACGGUGAAACGCAAUCAGCAGCAGUACCAGCUUCCACUCAAGGUGCUUGGAUACGACGAGCUGUACGGCUGGACCAUGGACGACAUCGUCAAGAGCGUGGGGAGAAAGAACAAUUGCACGUUCUGCGGCGUGUUCCGGCGUCAGGCGCUGGAUCGAGGUGCAGCCGCUUUGGGUGUCGAUCACAUUGUCACCGGACACAAUGCAGACGAUGUUGCCGAGACAGUGCUUAUGAACGUGCUGCGCGGAGACAUUGCUCGACUUGAACGAUGCACAGAGAUCGUCACGAAAGGCCCUGACGGAACCGAAGAUCAAGAUCAGGAAGGAUGCGGUUCCAGCGGGUCGAACGGCAUCGGUGUAGGCGGAAGCGGUAUCCGACGCAGCAAGCCGUUCAUGUACGCCUACGAAAAGGAGAUCGUCAUGUACGCCUACUUCAAGAAGCUGGACUACUUUUCGACCGAAUGCAUCUACUCGCCCAACGCAUACCGCGGAUACGCAAGGACGUUCCUCAAAGACCUCGAGGCCAUCAGACCGUCCUCCAUCGUCGAUAUCAUCCAAUCCGGCCAAAACCUCAAGAUCUCCAACGUGGUCAAGCAAAGUCGGAAGGCGCAGUUGCAGGACUGUAUCAGGUGCGGCUACAUUUCUUCAAAUACGGUGUGCAAGGCGUGUAUCUUGCUGGAAGGAUUGGAGAAGGGCACGCCGCAGUUGGGGAUCGGCAGUGAGAAAUCGAAAAAGAUCAAGGAGAUCAGAAGUGAGAAUUCCAAGGACGAUGUCGCAAAGGGAACAAUUGCGGGGGAGGUGGAGGAGAGGAAGGAGAGGAGAAUCCCGCAGUGGACAGGCGUAGCCAGGGACGCUCCACCCAUCAGCUCUCUGCCGUUUGUCCCGCCACAGAAGAAGGUGGAUCUCAGCUUUUGA